AAUUCCUAGCUAAUCAUUGCGUGAUCAUCUAAACCGGCUUCGCUUUCUCGUGCCGCCAGCAUGUCACGCUAUUUACACGAGAAAAUCGUACAAGUGGUUUAGCCUUUCGCAGUUUCAGUUUUACAUGAAAAUCGCCCACAAAAUACCCUCCAUGACGUCUCCAAUCCCCGGAGCAGCUAACUGUUAUAGAGACAGACAGAAACGGAGGAAUCUCAUCAAGGGGGAACAUUACGAUUGCUGCUGUUCUCCACGAUCAUUCAAUCUAUGUGUACUAUGGUUUAAGCUCUGCAGCUGGUAUUUGCGUCUUUUUGAAAGCUUCUUUGGUUGGUUUGGUGAAGGAAUCGCCAAGAAUCCAUUGAUAAUAAUCCAGAUAUGCCUCGUGUUCGUCAGUGUCUCUUCUGUGGGGUUUGUUUGGUUCCAAUCAGAAGGAAGAACUGUCAAACUAUACAUACCGCAAGAAAGUAAGGCCCUGGAUGACUUAAAAACUGCUCAGAUAUACUUCCUCGUCAACUUUCGAGAGGAGAUCGUCCUGUUGGAAGCGAACCCUAGUCAUCCCAAUGUUCUCUCUCCUGAAUGUCUGAGACAGGCGUUCCAUGCCCACAAAGCAGUUAUGAACCUGGAAUCUUAUUCUGACUUUUGUGUUACACUAUCGCGUAACAAAUCCACGUCACCAGAAGAAUGCGUGAUGACCAACCCACUGGAAUUUCUGCAGUUUAAUGAGAGUAACCUGAUUGGCAAAGACUUGACACAAGUUCAACUUGAACUGAGCAAAGCCGCUAAAGACGCAAGCUUGGUCACGCGAAAUGGACGCCCUUUUUGGUUCAACCUCGACGGAGUAUUUGGCAGUAUCGCUAGAACGAAGGAGAUCAUAACUGGUGCAAAAGCACUGCAAAUGAUUUAUCUCAUCCGUGCUCCGUCUGAUGACGACGCAUACGAAGACGUUUUCAACUGGGAGACGAAAUUUAUUGAAAAGAUUGCCUCGUUGGUGGACAAACUUUCCUGCUUCAAAGUCCAUUAUUCAAGUGAACGGAGUAUGGAUGAUGCUAUCGAUGAAAGCACCGGGUCUGACGUCACACUGGUGUCAAUCACUUUCACCCUCAUGAUCUCCUUUGCUUGCAUCAUGCUGGGAAAGUUCUUUAAUCCGCUGACCGGCCAUUCCUUGCUUGCUGUCGCAGGAGUGUUUGCAGUGGGCCUGGGAAUUUUAGCAGGGCUUGGACUAGGCAUGUGGUUCCGUGUGCCUUUCGUAAGCUUCGUAGGAAUCCUGCCGUUCCUGGUUCUUGGGAUCGGUAUAGACGACAUGUUCAUUAUGGUGGAUGAGCUUGAUCGACUGCCACGUGACCUGUCAACGCCAAAAAAGAUUAAAGCAGUCAUGAGACAUACAGGCACAACUGUUACCAUGACAACUAUAACGGAUUUGGUAGCAUUUGCUGUCAGCACAUCCACUUCGUUCCCAGCUGUAAGGUAUUUCUGCAUCUACGCCGCUCUCACCGUGACGUUUUCAUUCUUUAUGAUUGUCACCUUCUUUGUGGCCUUUAUGACAUACGACGUGAGAAGAAUUAAAUCUGGUCGAAGAGAUUGCUUUCCACUUCGUUUGACACCUCGGCCUAAAAAUGGAGAGCCAGCCUGGGACGAGCCCGUCGCACAGACGUCAAAUCGGGUCAUGAAGGCUUGGGGAAAAUUCUUGAUGACCGCAACAGCAAAGAGCAUGGUUAUAAUUGUCUCGCUGGCGCUCCUUAAUGGUGGGAUCUACGGAGUCACCCAGGUGGACGAGGCGUUUGAUGAGAGAAUGCUGGCGAAAGAUGAUUCUUACUAUAAGCAAUUUCUGAAGGCUCAGCAAAAUCACUUCGAGCUUACCAUUCCAGUGAGCAUCGUGGAGACUGGUGGGGUCGAGUACAAGAUGAGUUCCACCCAGGAGCAAAUCAAAGCACUGACAAACAUCGUCACACAAAAUGAAUACUACGAAAAUACUUCGUUAUCCUGGAUGGACACAUUCUCCCGUUACGCUGAGAAAACUAAUAAGAGCAUCACUGGGCCAAAUUUUUUGCCCACUCUGAAGGAAUUUCUUCGCAUCCCAGCCUUUUCUCAUUUCCGUCAAGAUCUGAAGUUUACCGAGGACGGCACCAAACUUGAAACCUCUCGCAUCCUCGGUUUUAUGAAGGGUAUCAUCAGCUCCACCUUCCAGAAAAAUGCCAUGCUCACACUCCGUGAGGAUAUCACAGAAAAGUCGUAACUGGAUGCCUUCCCAAUCAAUCGAUUCUUCAUAUACUUUGAACAAUACGCUAUUACCUCCAGGGAAACCGUAAGGAACCUCCUAAUCGCGGCCUUAGCAGUGUUAGUUGUCACAAGCCCCUUUCUAAUGGACUGCACUGUGACGUUCCUUGUGGUGUUAAACUUUGUAGCCCUGAUAUGCGAGUUAUUUGGUUUAAUGGUCAUCUGGAAUGUUUCCCUUAAUUCUGUUUCUAUGAUCAUCCUUGUCAUGGCGAUUGGAUUUGCAGUCGACUACAGCGCACAUAUCGCGCAUGCGUACAUAACGUCAGACGAAGCAACAUCCAAUGGACGAGUAGUGGAUGCUCUGAGUACAUUGGGAGCGAGUGUGUUCAUGGGAGGAUUUAGUACGUUCCUUGGCAUGGUCGUUCUUUCAUUUGCCGCAUCAGAAAUCUUUCGGAUAUUCUUCAAAAUGUUCUUCGGCAUUGUCGUGCUUGGUCUUUUCCACGGCUUAUGUGUCCUGCCUGUUUACCUGUCCUUGCUGUGGUGGAGACCGUCUGUUAUUACCAGACCCCACUCACCAGAGAACACUAUUAAGAAACUAGGCAGCGGAGACCUCAGAGUGGAAGAAAUUCACGUAGCCGAAAACGCAGCUCAGCACGGAAACAGCGAAGAGAGAACCACAUUGGAGGGUAGAAAUAAAAAAGCCAGCCAAGGAGAAGAACAAGAAACAGACAUCGCUCAAGCCCUUUUGACGGGUUCUGUUGAAGCAUCUGUUUAUGGAAAGGCCCUGACAAGGGCUCCUGAUCCUGAAAGAGAAACAACGCUUUAGAAGAGGAACCGAAAACUUUUCUGGCACAGAUGCGUAGUAUGCCACUAAAAGUCCGUUAAAACUGCUGAAUCAGCUACCAGCUUAACUAACUUACUGACUUUUAAUCUCACGAAGCUAUCUUUAAUUGAGAAAUGAAACCGGAACAACCACUAAGCAGACCAUGAGCAAAUGAAAACGCUUUCAAUCCCGGUGCUUUUAGAUUAUUAUGUGUUGUAAAACCAAAACUAAAGUAACUACAUCGAUUUAUCAAGAGAAGGAUACUCUCCCAUAAAAGACAACGUGGACCCAAAGAAAUAUCUCUAGCGCGGAUGAAAAAGUGUCACUCGGUGGCCGCGGAUUAGCUUCAGGCUUGUGCCUGAUUGGUUGAGGUGGCCGAAAGAAUUUUGUAGACCAAGUUUAGUGUACAUAACGUUAAAACAGUGAAAACUCUACUACUUUCGGCACUUGAUAACUUCCGCCAUGAAGGAAGCGAUUUCAUUUUAACUUGCUUGUACAAAGCGCUAGAAGUAUUUAUAAAGGGAAUUUAAAAAACGUAUAGCAAAUUAUGUAAUUUAUCGAAUAAUUGAGAAGUAAAAGUUUUUAAAAAGAGAAACGCACCGUUCAAAAUUUGAAAUUUUUUUGGCUGAACAUAAUCCCUAUAUUUUGUUUACGAGGACCGUUCUGUUUGAGUUGGCAUUAGUUCGAAUUUAUGAGGCGAGAUUUGCAUUACUAUGAAGUAAAUCAUUGGUAUCAGUAAAAAGUUGAAAUAAGGUUAUUUUUUUAACUUGUGUAAUUUGUAUUCAAAUAAAAGCCGAACUAAAAGUUUAAGAGAAAAA